AUAAUUACGGUAAAAUCACAAGAACCAACAACAUAAGAAGUCACAGUGAAAUCACAAGCACCAACGGUAUGAAAACCACAUUGAAAACUAAUGUGAAAUCACAAGCAUCAAUGACAAAAAUAGCUACAACAAAAAGAGCUACAACAAAACUACAAACACUAAACAAUAGCAAAAUCACAAGCACCAAAAUAAAAAGAGCUAUAACAAACCACAAGCACCAAACCACGGCGAAAUUACAAGCUCCAACACACUUGAAGCCAAGUUGA